CCCAACGUUUCUCCUCGUAUUUUUUGGUUUAGGAGUCCGACUGGCGCUGGCAGAUCGGUGUGUGAUUGGAGCAGCGCAGAGAUUGCCUGGAGCACAAGCCCGACGCACAGACACAGGCCCCCCGAACUAUAGUCGCAUUGUAGACUGUUUCAGCAUUGUGUUGGCGACUUCCCGAAAGGCUUGACAUCCUCGUGGAAUACGACUGCAUGUUUUAUUUUUAGGAUAUGUGCUGAUAUGCUUCUCAUUCGCCUCUUUUAGGCUACAAUAACAUUGGAGCCGUGCAGUUUUUUUAAUUCAUUGUGUCCAAUCGAAGGGAAAAUGUGGAUGCGUGCGAGGGGGAUAUGGGAAAAAACUAUUGAUUAAUAGUUCCCGAACGGCAUCUCGCUAAGGAACAGUUUGUCCGGUCCUUGGGGACGCAUGGACUUGGAGAGAGAGAUACCUGCCACAAGAAACAACACGAUCUGUCCCUCGUAAUUGGAGCAUGCAUCGGAACCACGGACGUCUUUGUGUUGCCCGCUGCAUAUUCCGAGUUUGAGGGGGGCCUCUAGCCUGCUGAAGGGGUGACCACUCUCUCCGUGUUCCUUCAAUGCCAAACUGAACUAUUCGUCAAACACCAUUUAGGACUGUUCACCUCAAAUAUGAGAAGAUGACUGGUGAGGCUUCUCCUAAAACCACAGAUUGCUGACUACUCCAAGACUCCUCUGCUUUUUCGAUUCUAUAUCCUACAACCACAGUUGUUAACUAGAGGGCAUCUGGAGACCUCUCCACACUCAGCAACAAUGGCUCCUGCAGCGUGGAGGUGUUUAGUUCUCCAUUGUCUACUGCUCACCCUAAUUCAUUUCCAUUGUUCAGAAGGGUUCGGUCGUGCGGCCCUGCCGUUUGGCCUGGUCAGGAGAGAGCUCUCCUGCGAAGGAUACGCCAUCGAUCUCCGCUGCCCCGGUGCUGAUGUCAUCAUGAUCGAGACGGCGAACUACGGCCGCACCGACGACAAGAUCUGCGACGCCGACCCGUUCCAGAUGGAGAACGUCAACUGUUACCUCCCCGACGCCUACAAGAUCAUAUCACAAAGGUGCAAUAACCGUACCCAGUGUGUGGUUGUGACUGGCUCCGAUGUGUUCCCUGACCCCUGCCCUGGUACCUACAAGUAUCUAGAGGUUCAGUAUGAGUGUGUCCCAUACAAAGUGGAACAAAAAGUUUUCAUUUGUCCCGGGACCCUGAUGGAGGUGGGGGAGCCCACGUUUGUGUUUGAGGCAGAGCAACAGGCGGGGUCGUGGUGUAAAGACCCCCUGCAGGCCAGAGACAAGGUCUUCUUCAUGCCCUGGACGCCGUACCGCACCGACACUCUGAUUGAGUACAACUCCCUGGAGGACUUAAAAAAUGGCCGCCAGACUACCACCUAUAAACUCCCACAUCGAGUCGACGGCACCGGCUUCGUGGCCUACGACGGAGCCAUCUUCUUCAACAAGGAGCGCACGCGCAACAUUGUGAAAUUUGACCUCCGCACGCGCAUCAAGAGCGGUGAAGCCAUCGUGGCCAACGCCAACUAUCACGACACUUCGCCGUACCGCUGGGGCGGCAAGACGGACAUAGACCUCGCUGUCGAUGAGCGGGGGUUGUGGGUAAUCUACGCCACGGAGCAGAACAACGGGCGCAUCGUGGUCUCACAGCUCAACCCAUACACGCUCCGCUUCGAGGCCACCUGGGAGACGGCGUACGACAAGAGAUCCGCCUCCAAUGCCUUCAUGGUGUGCGGCGUGCUGCACGUGGUGCGGUCCACCUACGAGGAGAACGAGAGCGAGGCGCCCAAGAGCCACAUCGACUACAUCUACAACACCAAGCUGAGCCAGGGAGAGUACACGGACAUCCUCUUCCCCAACCAGUACCAGUACAUCGCUGCUGUGGAUUACAACCCCAGAGAUAACCAGCUGUACGUGUGGAAUAACUUUUACAUCCUGCGCUACGACCUGGAGUUUGACGCGGAGAAAGACCCUGCUGACGUGCCAACUACAAAAGAUGUCUCCCUCUCAUCAGCCCUGCCUGAGACCACCACUCUCAUCACCACCACCACGUCCACAGUCAAAGGCCCAGUUAACACCACGAUUCCGGCUGACCCCAGGGAUGGGAGAGAGAGAGAGGCGGGUAACCCAGCGGAGGAACCCCAUGGGACGGCUGACCCCACCGCCCCAGAGAUCCCCCCCACCCCCAGGCGCUUCUGUGAGGGAACAACGAAGAGAGGCAUUUCCUGGCCCCAGACACACACUGGAGUCACCGUGGAGAGACCCUGCCCCAAAGGAACCAGAGGCAUUGCCUCCUACCUCUGCACGGUGGCAGGGGGGACCUGGAACCCAAAGGGACCUGACCUCAGCAACUGUACCUCCCACUGGGUCACUCAAGUGGCACAAAAGAUCCGUAGUGGGGAGAAUGCGGCUAACCUAGCCAAUGAGCUGGCCCACCACACACAGGGUCCAGUGUUCGCCGGUGACAUCAGCUCGUCAGUGCGUCUCAUGGAGCAGCUGGUGGACAUCCUGGACGCUCAGCUCCAGGAGCUAUGCGAAAAGGACUCAGCUGGGCGUAGCUUCAACAAGCUUCAAAAGAGAGAGAGGACUUGCAGGGCAUAUAUGAAGGCCAUUGUGGAUACGGUUGACAACCUCCUGAGGCCGGAAGCCCUGAAGUCCUGGGAAGACAUGAAUUCCACGGAGCAAACGCACGCCGCCACCAUGUUACUGGAUACCCUGGAGGAAGGAGCCUUCAUCCUUGCCGACAACCUGAUUGAGCCCGCUGUAGUCAAAGUGCCUGCAGACAACAUAAUGCUGGAUGUGUAUGUGCUCAGUACUGAUGGCCAGAUGCAGGACUUCAGGUUCCCCCAGACCAGCAAGGGUGGAGCCUCCAUUCAGCUGUCUGCAAACACAGUCAAAGUCAACAGUAAAAACGGUGUGGCCAAGCUGGUUUUUGUCCUCUAUAAGCACCUGGGCCGGUUCCUCAGUACAGAGAACGCCACUCUCCGAGGAGGAGGAGGACGUAACCUUUCAGACCUGACCGUCAACUCACACAUCCUGGCCGCCUCCAUCACCAAGGAGUCCAGCCGCGUGUUUGUGUCUGACCCCGUCAUCUUCACCCUGGAGCACCUCGACAAGGAGCACUACUACAACCCCAACUGCUCAUUCUGGAACUACUCUGAGAGGAGUAUGAUGGGCUACUGGUCCACUCAGGGCUGUAAGCUCCUGGACACCAACAAGAGCCACACCACCUGUUCCUGUAGUCACCUGACCAACUUCGCCAUCCUCAUGGCCCAUCGAGGAAAUGUGGUGGAGGGGAGCGUCCACGAGCUGCUGCUGACGGUGAUAACGCGGAUGGGCAUCGCUGUGUCUCUGGUGUGUCUGGCCAUCAGCCUGUUCACCUUCUGCUUCUUCAGGGGCCUGCAGAGUGACCGCAACACCAUCCACAAGAACCUCUGCCUCAACCUCUUCGUGGCCGAGCUCGUCUUCCUCGUGGGCAUCAACAUGACUGAACCCAAGCUGGUGUGCUCCAUCAUCGCGGGCGUUCUUCAUUUCUUCUUUCUGGCGGCGUUUGCCUGGAUGUGCCUGGAGGGCGUGCAGCUCUACCUCAUGCUGGUUGAGGUGUUUGAAAGCGAGUUCUCCCGCAGGAAGUACUAUUACGUCUCCGGAUACCUCUUUCCCGCCGCGGUGGUGGGAAUCUCGGCCGCCAUCGACUACCGCAGCUACGGGACACAGAAGGCCUGCUGGCUGAGGGUGGAUAACCACUUCAUUUGGAGCUUCAUAGGACCUGUCACCUUCAUUAUCAUGCUCAACCUCAUCAUCCUGGUGGUGACCAUGUACAAGAUGGUGAAGCACUCCACUUCCAUGAAACCCGACUCGACCCGGCUGGGCGGUAUCAGAUCCUGGGUGCUUGGGGCGUUUGCCCUGCUCUUCCUCCUGGGUCUGACCUGGUCGUUUGGCCUGUUCUUCCUCAACGAAUCCUCCGUGGUCAUGGCGUACCUCUUCACCAUCUUCAACACUCUGCAAGGGAUGUUCAUCUUUAUCUUCCACUGCCUCCUCCAGAAAAAGGUCCGUAAAGAGUACAGCAAAUGCUUCCGCCAGUCCCAGUGCUGCGGAGGUCUGCCUUCUGAAGGGUCCCACAGCUCGGCCAAGGCGGCCACGUCUCGAUCCACCGCACGCUACUCCUCCGCCACACAGAGUCGUAUCAGGAGGAUGUGGAACGACACGGUGAGGAAGCAGUCCGAAUCCUCCUUCAUCUCCGGAGACAUCAACAGCACCUCCACCCUGAACCAGGGAUUCACUGACAACUACCUCCUAAGUAACCCUCUCUUUACCUCCUCUCUUCCUCACUCUCCUGCCUCGUCUUUCCUUCUCUCUCUCACAGGGAUGACUGGCAACUACCUCCUAACUAACCCUCUGCUCCGAGCCCACGACCCUAACAACCCCUAUAACAACCUGCUGGCUGAGACGGUGGUGUGCAACACCCCCUCCCCUCCAGCCUUUCACUCACCAGGGCAGCAUUCUCUGACCCACAGCAGGGACAUCAGUGCCAUGGACACCCUACCCCUCAACGGAAACUUUAACAACAGCUACUCCCUGCGUGACCAGGAAGACAACCAGGAAGACGACUAUGAGGACAUUGUGGGCGUGGUCGGGGGCGUGGUCCACGGCCCGGGGGACCUGGGGGGCCUCAGCCUGGAUGACGCCGCCUUCGAGAAGAUGAUCAUCUCUGAGCUGGUGCACAACAACCUGAGGCCCCGCGGGGCCCCCAAGGGCCACAACCCCCAUAGGGAUAGCAGGGACAGGGACCAGGCCCCUCUCCAGACCAGGGUGACUGUGGACAGGGAUAGGGGUUGUGGGGGUGGAAGCAGCAGCGAAGAUGAUGCCGUAGUGGUGGACCACGCUGAGGCUUCGUCCCCCCAGAGAGGCAGUAUAGUCGGGGUAGUAGGUGGAGGUCAACCCACCCUAGAGUUGCUGCUGCAUCCCCACCAUAAGGAGGCGUUAGAGGCCCCACUCCUGCCCCAGAGGACUCACUCCCUGCUCUACAGCGCCCACAAGGCCCCCAGGAGGGCUGUGGAGGGCCCUGGGUGCCACGGCUCAGAGACAGUGGGGGCAACAGGGGACGGGGAUUCCCAGUCACCCAACAACAACAGGGACUCCCUGUACACCAGCAUGCCCAACCUGAGAGACUCUCCCUCAGACUCCCCCUCAGCCUCAUCCUACCCCCCCGAUGAAGACGAUAACCUGUCACAUUCCCCCAGAAGCGAGGGGGAGGACCUGUACCAUAAAAGCAUGCCUGAGCUGGGCGACGGGCCCCAGCCCCUGUCCUACUACCACAUAAACCGGGGCACCAGCAAUGGGUGCAUCGUAUCCCCCAGCGCUGAGGACUGUGUACCCGAGGGAGAGGGCCCCCGGGACGGACAGAUGCAGCUCAUUACCAGCCUCUGAGCAGAUGGGUGGAGGAAGGAGAGGAAGCACUUCUCUGGUGUUUUUGCACAGGUUUGAACAUAUGUAUGUGUGUGGGCUUUGGUUGAUGUCAAGACUAUUGCCAGCCCUCAUCGGUUCUCCCAGCCCUCCAUCUCUGCACUCCUAAUGACCCGUCGGAGCGGGAAGUGAAAUGUUUGUGAGUGGUAGGGAGGAAGGAGAUGGAUUACUUUUUCACACAAACUCGGUCACACACACACAAAUAUCCUCUGAAACCGUCUGUCUGUCUGUGGACUUGAACUGCUCUGCUCUGCUGUGGGACUUCAGAGAGGUAAAUGCGUAGACCACUACAAGUGUCAGAGAGAAGUCUGUCUGGCGCCAUUCCUGUCCAGCCUGCAUUUGUAUUAUAUUGAAGAAGAGAAAAAAACAAUGGUUUAGAACUCCAGGUUUAGAACACUGGUGAAGUGUUCCUGGAGGGGAUUCCAGAAUGAAUGAGGAUGAGUAUCUGUUGGGUCCUGGACUCUAGAAUGUUCUAGAGUCAUUCCACUAAAUAGUGAGGACUGUCAAACAAAGAACCACUAAUUCAGACUCAGGCCUUAUAUUUUCUCUAUUGCACAUUUAACUGUUGUCAGAGUAAUAGCUAAAAGAAAAUAUAUUUUGCUGUACCACAAGUGUAAAAAAAAAAAAAAAAUAUGAAAAAAUGUUAUGGCAACCAAUUAUACAACAUUUCAAUGUUGAGAAGAUUAUUCUCGAAGCAGGUUGCUCAAAUCUGUUUUUUCCUCUCACUUGACUCAUUGUGGUAUGUUUGAACAUAAAAAAAAAUCGAAUAAAAAAAUCAUUUUUUUAAAAAUCCCAUAAUAAACCAUACAUCUUCAUUUGUGAAGUGCUUUUUGCUUUCAUGAAUCAAGAGCUUUGCCAGUAAUAUUUUGUGUUAACACCAUGCCAAGCACAGAUUUGGCGUGAAUUUGGUCGUUGUGUAAUUUAUUUUACUUGAAAGAAAUUGUCAGGUUUCAAAAAAUGUGUCAACGCGAUAUUUCAAGUUUUACAAGCAUAUUUCAGCCUUUGACACUAAUUAAUUUAUUAACAGUUAUUGAACAUUUGAAAAAGUAAAAUGGUUGGGAAGUGUGACUUGUUUCAGCACUGUUUAGGUUCAUAUCAUUUAUUUUGUACGAUCCCAUUGUCAGCUUAUAUAAAAAUUCAACUCUUGUUUGAUAUCAAAUAAAUGUGAGACUUUUUCUUGUUUGCAAA